ACCCACUCCCUAUAUAUGUGUUUCUCCUCAUUUCCUUUCUCAAUUCUCUUCUUUUCAAUUACUCUCUGAUCACAACGCCAUCACCAUAACGCUACAAGGGUUUCAGGUUGAAAUAAGUGAUUUGUAUAAUCAAAAUGUCAUCUCCAAGCAAGAGAAGAGAAAUGGAUGUUAUGAAAUUGAUGAUGAGUGAUUAUACAGUGGAGACGAUAAACGAUGGACUUAGUGAAUUCAAUGUUGAGUUUCAUGGUCCAAAAGAAAGUCUUUAUGAAGGUGGUGUCUGGAAAAUUCGUGUUGAGCUUCCUGAUGCUUACCCAUAUAAAUCCCCUUCUAUUGGCUUUGUGAACAAAAUAUUCCAUCCUAAUGUCGAUGAGUUAUCUGGCUCUGUAUGCUUGGAUGUCAUUAACCAAUCUUGGAGCCCAAUGUUUGAUCUUUUAAAUGUCUUUGAAGUUUUUCUUCCACAACUCCUGCUUUAUCCAAAUGCUUCAGAUCCUCUCAAUGGCGAUGCAGCAUCGUUAAUGAUGAAGGAUAAAAAGUUGUAUGACCAGAAAGUUAAAGAGUACUGUGAGCGGUAUGCUAAGAAGGAAAACAUUAGCAACUCUACAGCUGGUGAGGAGAGUGGAGAUGAGGAAGACAUCAGUGAAGAAGACAGUGGAUCUAGUGAUGAUGACAUUCCUGGUCAUGCUGAUCCUUAAGCGGGUUUAAUGGUCUCCCAAUUAUACCUUUAAAGGGUCCAUGUAAUACCAAUCAAAGCAUUAUUACAUCAUUGUUACUUGUUCAAUUAUAAGACGUAGGAAUUAUAUUCACUGUUUCUGCUUGUAAAAUUACAGUUCUCAUUCCUCAGUAAUUUCAUGAAAAGCUAUAAUAUAAUAUAUAGUUAGCGCUUUAGUUGAAUUUUA